CAGAAGGCAGUGCGACAGGAGGCGGGGGUGUAGAGGGGAUAGGAUUCUUAGCAGUAAAUGUCCCUUAUGCUGCUUUGAGAUAAUUUUGGGUUUUCUUUUGACAUGUGCGGAAAAUGUAAUGCUAGAUACAGUUGUCUCCAAAUUCUUCAGAACCAGAACCCACCUUUAGCCCCAGCCUAAAACAGGUGUUGAAGGUCAGAUAUCAAACAGCUGGAGCUUUGCAGCAGUACUGAUUAGGUAAGAUUGGACUAUUAUAAUCUUCAAGAUGGCUACCUCUACAGAUUUGAAUUGGGAAGAAAACUUGAUAGCACACUGGAUGUCUAACGCUUCCCGUGCUGGAGUCAUAUUAAAUCCUUCUUUCCAUAGUUUGAAAACCUCUAGAGCAAUCAGUACUGAAAAUGCCUCAACAGGUCUUGCAGUUAAUUCACUACGCAGUUCAAGCCGCAUUUCUCUAAGUGAAGACUCUCUACAGAAAGAGCAAGCCUUGGAGUUGAGCAGUCCUGGUGGGGACAAGCUGGACAUAUCCAAAACACUUUCUGCAACUUCAUUGGCUAAGAAGGAACAAAUGCUAAUGGUUAAAGAUGCUCCAGGUCAGUGGAUAGCUCUGCAAACUGAUAGUGAAUGUGAUCAGUUGGAUGGUCUGGAUGAAGGAUGUUGCACUGAUCGACUUCUGCAAAAGCUUGAGCAGCUCAAAGGGUUGCAACAGCACAAGCAAGAACAGCUGAAAAUGCAACAAAUGGAACAAAUUCAACGGCUAGUGAAAGAGCAACAGAAACUACUUUCUAUGGUCUCUGAGCAGCAAGUGCAUACCGGCUUUGGUGUAAUGGAAGAUGGCUUGAGUCAAAGAUAUGAUCACCCAGCUUGCUUGCCCCGUGUACCACCUUUUCCACCACAUCGGAAGGGAGAUAGUUUUAAUUGGGACAGUGUGUCUUGCAUUUCUUCUCCUGUUGAACAAAGAAAUUCACUUCAAAAGUUCAAGAAGGACCAAAUAUUGAAGGGAAACUUCUCUGCAGAGCCUUAUCGUGAGAAAGAGGCUUUAGAUGUGUCUUUCAAAAUGCAGAAUGAAUUGAAGGCUGAAGACCAAAAUGCCGUUUCCGGAGGGAAUGGUCAGAAUCUGGAGCAAAAUCUACUGGGACAUGCAGAUGAUGACAUUAGUUGUGAAGGCACAAGAAAUGCAGAGAUCUCUGAAAGUCUGUCUGGAGGAAAGUGUUUGGAAACCCUUAAUGUAGAGGAGAGACCUAUUCCUGCUAGCAUUCAAGAGAAAAAACAGACAUUUGAAGAGUUCCUAGAAGAGCAGAUACAACUAGAAGAACAACGGCUGGGCCAAAAAGCAAAUAAAAAGGAUGCUGAAAGAUCAACAUUCCAGAAACCAGUUACAAAAUGGCCCUUUCUAAAACGAGGUGAAGGUUUAAGUAGGUUUACCAGUGCAAAAUCUAAAGCAGCUAAACAAAAAGAAAGCAAAGUAACUCUUUAUCUUAAUGCAUCAGAAGUCAAAAACUCUGUUAAAGCGGACAAGCCACUGCUUCAUCGGAAAACUGCCCCUUCAAAUAAAGAACAAGUUUCUGACAAUUUUGUGUCUAAAAAUUGUAAUCAGAACACUAAAACAAAGAAGGAUUUAGCAUUUUCUGCUCGAAAAACGAUAAUGUCCAGAAAUUGCACUGGAAAAGUUAUCCCUUCAUCUACAAGACAAAAUCCAAGUGAAAGGAAACCUGGACAACUGAGAGAUUCUGUCAGGUCAGAAAUAAAUGGCGAAAGAGAAAAGAAUAAAGAUAAUAUAACGGUACUUGCAAAGCUGGGUGAAAUUGGCAGUGAGUUACAGGGAGAAAAGCAUGAGCAACCAGCGGAAGUGACCAAAUGUCUUACAAAUUUCUCUGAAAAAGACUUAGAUCUCUCUUUUGAACUUUCUUUCCAAAAAAAGUUGGAAAACUGGGAUACAGAAAAGGAAAAAGAGAAGAUUGAAUUGGACGAGUUUUUGUUUCUAGAGCAGGCUGCUGACGAAAUAUCUUUUGCUAGCAAUUCUUCACUUAUUGUAAGGAUCUUGGAUCAAGGCCAGCAGAUUUCCACAGGGCAUAGACUGUCCUCUACUCCUGUUAAAUCGAGGCAGCCAAUAGAUGGGGCUAUUACAGCUGUGAAUAAUAGAAAUGGAGAACAAUGUGCUUUCCAACAAGCUAACAAUGAGAGGAACAGAGGCACUGUCACUGAUUCCCAGACACCUGAUAUGCAGAAGGAUAAUCAAAAUAAAAUUGAUAGUAAAAUGCUUCAGACUUUUCCCACUGAUGAGUUGCAAGAUUUUAGAAAUACUGAGUGGGAUGAAGAUAAAUCAAGUGAAAGUAGUGAAAUGACUACAGAGUCUGAGGAGGAAUUUGAGACUACCAUAAAGCCUGCUGAGAAAGCUAAAAACUUGGUGUUGAGAAUUAGAGCUGUCAGUCCUGAAUUUUCUGAGGGCAAAGGAGGCACAAGCAGAGAUGCCAGCCUUGAUCUACAAGAAAAAGAUCUUGGCAACAACCCAUAUAGCAAGAUAAACAAGUUGGCUGAAUCUCAGAGUGUACAUAGUGCAAGUAGAAAUGAAGUUGCUUUUGAUGAUGAAACAUCAUGGAAUGAUUUUGAAGAGAAUGAGAGUCAGUGCACCCAAGUACCAAACAGUGACGUGGUUGUUAAAGUACCUCUGUCGCCUGACUGUUCAGCUAAGAGUGAGGCAUUCUUUCCAGAUAAAAUGAUAAAGAGGAAGAUUGCCACUGGAAAGAAAGGGGAAAUUCUGCCCAAGCAUAGUGUGACAGAUAGAGAGGGAAUUGCACCUCCCACAACAGAUCUGAUGCUGAAGCUCUUUCCUUCUUUGAGGCCCAAACAGAAGGUAGAGGAACAACAAAGACAAGAUGCCAAACCCAGCAUGUCUCAGGAAGAAUCGGGAGGAGACACUGCUCGUUCCCAGCUCUUGAGAGAGAAACUUGUUGAAUUAGAAAUUGAAAUUGAACGGUUCAGGGAAGAAAAUGCAUCCCUUACAAAACUUCGAGAAGAGCGUGAGAAUACUUUGGAAAAGCUCAGGAAAGAAGUUGCUGACUUUGAAAAUCAGAAAACAAAAGAGCUGGCUCAAAUAGAAGAAUUUAAAAAAGAAGAAACAAGAAAACUGCAAAAAGAACGUAAAGUUUUUGAGAAGUAUGCACAGGCAGCUAGAGCUAUUCCAGACAAAAAAGAGCGUGACGAAAUUCAGGCUUUAAAACAGCAAAUGGCAACCUUGCAGGAAGAUUUAAAAAGAAGAGAAGCAAAAUGGUCAACGACCCACAUUCGUCUUCGAGACCAGAUAGAGGCCUUAACUCGGGAGAAUAUGCAGCUACGGGAAGAGAUCAAAAUUAUGGAAAGAUUUCGUUUGGAUGCUUGGAAGAGAAAAGAAGCAUCUGCAAACAAAAGGAAAACUGGUUGUGGUUAUUCAAAGAGAGGAGAGUCGGCACAUUCACCAUCUGUACCGCAGAAAAACCAGGCUCUGUCUUCAGUUCUUCAAGCAGAAAAGAGGAGCAAGAUAAAUGGCAAAAGUGAUUUGUCAUCAGAAGGAAGACCUUUUGCAAAACCUAAACUAGCAGCUACACCUGAUGAGAGUUGCUUGGACAAUAUGGCAGUGACUUUUGAAGAUUCUUCCAAGACAGUUAUGGCAAAUUUACCUGGUAAUGGAGCUGUUGAAUUAUCAUCCUCAGUAAGUCCUGAUUCUUCCUCAGACAGUCAAGAAGAAAUAGAGAGCCAAGCCAAUCAUCCUGAUGGAAAGGUUGAAAAGAUUUUAAAAAAUGGUUCACACCUUAUUAUCUUCCCCAAUGGCACACGGAAAGAAGUGAGCUGCGAUGGGAAGAUUAUGACUGUAACCUUUUUUAAUGGGGAUGUAAAACAAGUUCUUGAAGAUCAGAGAGUGAUAUACUAUUAUGCAGAUGCUAAGACUACUCAUACCACCUACCCCACAGGUUUAGAGGUCCUUCAUUUCUCAAAUGGACAAAUAGAAAAGCAUUUUCCAGAUGGAAGGAAAGAGAUUGUAUUCCCUGAUCAAACCAUUAAGAAUGUGUACACAGAUGGACGAGAAAUCAACAUUUUUCCUGAUGGCACCAUUGUCCGCAUGCAACAGGAUGGAAGUAAGAUUAUAGAGUUCAGUAAUGGCCAGCAAGAAGUGCACACAACCCAUUUCAAGAGACGAGAGUAUCCUGAUGGUACAGUCAAAACAGUGUAUGCUGAUGGACGCCAAGAGACACAAUAUGCCUCAGGUCGAGUCAGAGUUAAAGAUAAAGAUGGUGAUGUUAUUAUGGACACUAUCCUGUAAAUGUUUUUGUUCAUGUCUGUCAGUUUUCGCUGUAGCAUUCUUUUUUCUUAGAAAAUGUUUGUAAAAAUUCUACACUUGUACAUCUUGUCAAUAAAUUUUUUUAAACAUU